AUGUUGAAAUUACAGAUUUCGGAAGAAAUAUUUACACGAACCUAUAAAGCUAUGGGGUGUGGAGGAGGGGUGCAUUGUCGUGUGUUGAUGCCAAACUGCAAUUUCAAAACCCAUUUGAACAAAAAAAUAAGAGAUGCUUCCUAUUUUGUCCAUUGGUUCUCUCUCUCGCCUCUCAAGAUCUCUGUGCCUUUAGAAUCGACUUUCCCCUUCUCCACAUCGUCUCUCCCCGGCCUCCACUCCGGUCGUUGCCACCAUCCACUAAAUCACCUCCGACUAGCGCCAUCCUCUAGCCAUUCGUCGGCGACACCAGGUGAUUCGCCAUCCACUCCGAUCAUUAGACUUCUCACAGCACCACCGCCCCCAUCGUCGACCUCGCACGCCCACCAAGUUUUUGAGUUGCUGGAUUCAAAAACUUCAAGGCUAUGUGUUUUCUGGUCACCAUUUGAUGAUUUCAGGAAGUGGAUUGCUCUCCAAUCAAGUUUAAUAGCUGAAAAUUGUUGUCAAAAGUUUGAAACUCGAUUGAAUUGUUCUUCAACAUUUAUUCGAAAGGAAGGUGUAAUGGCUUCAUCAGACGAUGGGUACGCUGACCCCUUUGCUGGCAUACAUGAGCCAUUUGCUGGCUUGAGUGAAAUGGAUUUUGAACUCCACGGUAUUUACAUGGACCACGAACCAGAGGAAGAAUUUGUGUCCUCACUUGAUAAAUAUGAAAUCAGAGCACAAGUGUACCAUGCUACCGAUUGGCAGAGUGAUGAAGAUGAACAGGAGGUAUUGAAAAACAACUAUAGAAUUCAUGACCCAACCAUCAAGUGGGACAAGAUGAUCAACAUAAAGUUUGUUGCAAUCUGUUAA